UAUAGAGUGUUGUCGUAAAUUCAAAAUGGCGUCGGCGAGUAAUACAACAACAGGACAAGGACAGGCUUCAAUACAGAACCAAGACAAGGAUAAUCCACUACAUUUAUCGUGGUAUGAUAGUGCCUGGAUUCCAGUAUUGAAUCCAAGUAAUGUCAUGGAUUAUUUCUCAGAGCGUAGUAAUCCUUUUUAUGACAGAACAUGUAAUAAUGAAGUAGUAAAAAUGCAGAGGUUAAAUCCAGAGCAGCUAAAUCAGAUGACAGGUAUAGAGUACAUAUUACUCCAUGUUCAAGAACCGAUAUUAUAUGUCAUCCGUAAACAACUUAGACAUUCACCUCAAAAUGUGACACCAUUAGCCAAUUAUUAUAUUAUAGCAGGUAUUGUGCAUCAAGCACCAGAUUUGUGUUCAGUAUUAAAUGCUAGAAUGUUGACUGCCACUCACAACAUCCAGUCAUCAUUCAAUGAAGCACGGUCAUACUCCAGGUACUAUCCCUCAAAAGGUUAUUGGUGGGAAUUUAAAGAAUCAGAACAAGCAGACAAAGCAAAGAAAAAAAAUAAAACUAAGGAAGAACCCAGUUCGUUUUUUCAAAGACAAAGAGUAGAUGUUUUACUUGGUGAACUUGCCAAGAAAUACCCACCCAAAGUAGUACAGAUGAAGCCAGGUGAGAAGCCAGUUUCGUUGGAGAACAAAGAAAGCACAGAACAAAUCGCUGAAGCUGUGAGAGAAGAAAAGAAUGGAGAAAGUCAGUCAUCUCAGUCGAAUACUUCUACCAGUAUUCGUAGUUCACUUUCAAUUCCACGCAGUGCUUUCCCAUCAAGUAUGCAACCUCCUGGCAAGAAGAGAAAACUCAAAUGA